CCCGUUUGGACUUUCUUUGUCUUAAUUCUCAAAACUUUCUGAAAGAUUUCUAAAAAAGUCCACAAAGUUUUAAGAUUUUGUUCUAUAAGCUUAUCAAAACCGUUUAAAAGGUCGAAUUUCUUGCCCUAAGCUAUAUAUUUUCAUAUUGAAAGGAGAAAAAAUGGGAAGACCACCUUGUUGUGAAAAGACUGGAGUGAAGAAAGGGCCAUGGACACCAGAGGAAGACAUCAUCUUAGUUUCUUACAUCCAAGAACAUGGUCCUGGAAACUGGAGAUCUGUCCCUACUAACACAGGUCUGAGAAGAUGUAGCAAGAGCUGCAGAUUAAGAUGGACUAAUUAUCUUCGACCCGGUAUUAAGCGUGGAAAUUUCACUGAGCAUGAAGAAAAGAUAAUUGUUCAUCUUCAAGCCCUUUUAGGCAACAGAUGGGCAGCCAUAGCAUCAUACCUUCCAGAAAGGACAGACAAUGAUAUAAAGAACUAUUGGAACACUCACUUGAAGAAGAAGCUCAAGAAAAUCAAUGAAUCUGGUGAAGAAGAUAAUGAUGGCUUCUCUUCAUCAAACACUAUUUCACAAAAGCAACAUCAAGGCUCAAAUAAAGGUCAAUGGGAGAGAAGACUUCAGACAGAUAUCAACAUGGCAAAGCAAGCUCUCUGUGAGGCUUUAUCUUUAGACAUAAAACCAUCAUCAAAACUUUCUCCAUCAUCAUCAUCAUUGUCAACACCAGUAAUCAUACCACAAAACAUCCCUAGCUUCUCUUCUUCUUCCUCUACCACAACCACAACCACCACUACAAGCAACACUACUAAUCCAUGCCCAUCAGGGGUCUAUGCGUCAAGUGCUGAGAACAUCGCUCGGUUGCUUCAAGAUUUCAUGAAAGACAAACCAAGAACAUUAACUCUAACAUCCUCAUCUUCACCGGUUUCAGAGACCGGACCACUUGUUUCAGCAGCUACUGAGGGAGGAGAAGGGUUUGAACGAUCUUUCUUUGGCUUCAAUUCCAUGGAAGAAACUCAGAACUUGACUCAGGAGGCAAGCUUCUUCCAUGACCAAGAGAGCAAACCGGCGAUAACAAUGGAGCAAGACUCUGGUUUGGUAUCGCAAGGAUCUUUAUCUUUGUUUGAGAAAUGGCUAUUUGAUGAGAACAUGGUUGGUAUGUCGUUAGAAGGACAAGAAGCGAUGUGCUAG